AUGGUGGUACGAGAUCAAGAUGAGGCGUUGAGAAAUUCUUAUAAAUAUGUUAAGCUGUAUGUCAGGCAGGACCAGCUGGAGGAUACGGUGGACAUACUCGCUAAGCAGGACGAGGACAAGUCCAACAAUGAUGACAGGCGCAGUCUAGCCUCGAUAUUGGACUCGAGCAGUUCCGUCAAAAAGAAGGGGAAAGGCAGCAACGAAAAGUACCUACCAUGCGUAUCUUUCAACACAGUUCCCAGAUCAAGGGUAUCUUCGCCCUUAGAUGAAGAGAAAAGAGAAUUUCCUGGCGUGCAGAUCUCUGCAGAUUAUACAAUGGAGGAAUAUUAUGACGACGAAAGUGGCUUUACCUCGGACAACAAUGCCGACUACUUCUCCGGGAAUAGCUAUUCGAGUAGGCGAGAGGGCAGUGCUAGUCCCGGCAGGUAUUCUUCUCCACCUCCUGCCUCUAAAAGAAACAUCAAAAUAGGUAAGAUGUUUAAGAUUUCUGAAAAUGGUAAAAUUGUAAGGGAAGACUAUCCUACUACACCCACCGAUAUCAAUGACGCUCUUGUGAUUAGUAGGGCGUAUGCCAAUUGGAGACAACUAUGGAUCAAGAAGAAAAAUCAGAUAGAUCAUCGAUUAGAACAAAAGCGCGAUUUCUUCAAUUACCCAACAAUACUGUUUCCUCCAAACAAAAAAAAGUCGUCUGAGGGCGCUACUCCCACAAUAAAAUUCAAUCCUCCCAUAGAAGACGGCUUUACGCCUUUGACUAAGUCUCAAAAGCGGAAAGAGCGUGUUUUGAGCGAAAAGGUUGGGUUCCCGAACACUCCUCGAACGAUAUUGUGCCACAUCAGCGGCAGGAAACAUACUUGGGUAGCACUAGAUUGGGCGCUACGAACUUUGAUUCAAAAUACAGACCACAUUGUUGUGUUGGCAAACCUGCCCCGCCUGACUAAGAAUAAUUUCGAAGACAAUGAUUCGAUGAGUGAGCGAAAAAGAAUGCUAAUGAUGAUGGAUGAUAGCAGGAGUGUUAGCUCAGCAAGAAGAUCACGAUCCAGAUCGAGAUCACGAUCCAUAUGUACAAGAAGGGCACUUUCUCUGGGGCCUGAGGAAUCUGACAACAAAUUAAAGCACCAAAAUUUUAUCGAGUGGACAUCUGGUUAUACGCAGAACGAAAUAGAACGUAAAUUGCAAGAUCUUUUUGAUUAUGUUACACUCAUAAUUCCGCAAGAUCGUUCUGUCAAGGUCACUGUCGAGAUCCUAAUUGGCAAGACUAAAAAAACGCUUCUUGAGGCAAUAAACAUCUAUUUACCUGAUUUCUUUGUAUCUAGCACUUUGAGGUGGGAGAGAACAGACAGCUUAGUUCGUUGGAAAUCGAACUUUCUGACAGAUAAACUGUGUACUAAUUUUCCGAUUCCAACGUUUAUUGUACCGGCAAAGAGAAUGUUCGAUUUGGAAAUAGAUUUGCAAAAAGAGUUUAAAGAACCGGAGGUAACGAAACAAAAAAAUACUAGCGGUCCAAAGCCUGGGUUCAGCCAUUCUAAAUCAGCAGAUGCUAGCAUUCCAACUAUCUCAAAUAUCAAACGGAAGCAAGAUAACGAUUAUUCUAUAGAUUCACUAUGUUAUGCCCCAGAAGCUAAUGGUGCUAACAAUAGUAGCCGAGAGGAAGCAUCUGAUGAUGAGCUUAACGCUUUUAAGGAUGAUGAGAAUGAUGUGAUGUCCGUGAAAUCCUUAACCUCUAACAUUUCGGUAAAGGAAAAGUUAUGUACCAUGGCAAGGAAACGUAGAAAGAGUAUGGCUCAGCAGUUAAAUGACGCCGAUCAUGAUUCAUCAAUACCACCGGGACAGAGGCAUUUGAAAAAACUGAAUAUUAUUUUGGAAUCUUCAUUAAAGUUUUCAUUAGAAAUCGAUAGCAUCACUGAUAGUAUUGAAAAUGGGGAUGUAGACGAAAAGAGAGCACACUCUAUGGAGUCGGGCUUUGAAGAACUGAAAAGAGUCAUCACAGGUGGUGCUCCUCCAAGGCAUGUGGCUACCCCGCAGAGGUCCAUGCUUGAUGUUUUGGACAAUCCAAGUUCAUCUAGAUCCAAAUCCAAGUCAAGAUCAAGCUCUAAGUCAAGGAUAAGAGACAAAUCAAAACCAAGCUCUCCUACUGCUACCGAUAUAAACUCAAGUGCGAGUGCGUCGAGAUCACGUUCUCCGCAAAUCAAGUUCGCGUCGAGUGUCAAGAAUGUAGAUGGUAAUGCUGCACUGGGUGCUAUUAAAUCUAGGCACUCGCUAGACAGCCCAGGGGACCAGCAACAACAACAUCAUCAUCACCAUCAUCGUGACACAGAUCAGUUGUCCGUUCCAGGCCUUCCCCAUUUGGCACCUUCAAAGUCAUAUAGUGUGAGUUCUGGUAAUAAGGAUUCAUCUUUGAGGAAAGUCAGUAGCUCAUCUUCGCUCAGAAAAGUAAAAUCUAAUGAUUCGAACUCUGGUAAACGUAUUAAAAAACCGGUCGUAACUUCAGCACACUUGAAACCAAGCUCAGGCGGUGGUGGUUUAUUCUCUUUUUUUAAGAGUAAAUCGAGAUCCCCGUCAUCUUUCAGAAAGGAAGAUGAGAGUAAAAAUACGCCUAAGCGUGGCGGAUUGUUUGGGUUCGGAAGGCUGUAG